AUGCGCAUGUGUUCCCAAUUUGUGCCACCUUCUUCCAUGCUUGCGUUGCGGCUCAGAGAUCUCAGCGGCAACAACUUCACAGGGUCGAUUCCCGACUCCAUCUCCACCCUCACCACCCUCGAAGCAAUCUACAUGGCCAACAACAAGCUGAGUGGCAGUCUGCCAGCUGCCAUCAGUCGACUGGAGAAGCUCGAACAGAUCUGGCUGGACAACAACAACAUCGAGGGCCCUCUGCCAACUAGCCUGUGCUCGCUGCCCGCGCUGUGGCGCAUCGAUGUGAGCAACAACAGCCUGUACGGGCGCAUCAACCGCAACUUCAAGAACAUGGUGGCGGAUGGGACUGCCCUCAUCAACUUGGGUCACAACUUCUUCUUCGGUGAUGCCGUGCUCUUUGCUGCCGGCUGCCAAGUCUGCCCUAUGGAGAUCACUGAGCCCAACAACCUCGACAUGGGGGACACCUUUGAUGUGUUUGCCGGCAAGUGCAAUAAUCUCGCAGCUACUGGUUUCCGAGAUUAUUCGGUGGCGGGGGCAGGCAAGGAGGCGAGGGUGAGUCUGUCGGGCAACUGCCUGACGCUCAGCGCGGACGCAGAAUGCUCAUCAAACGCCACCCAGCGCAGCACGGCAGCCUGCCAGGCGUUCUGCAGCAUCACGGACAACGGCCCGUGUGACGGCCAUGGGGAGUGUGUGCCGCCUGCCCCCGCCUCCACCUCCAACUUCACCUGCCUCUGUGAUGCCGGCUACUCCACUAUCGACUUGGGCAACGGUUCUACCUGUGCCAUCGUCAACUCCACCACCACCACCGUGUCCUCCCUGUCCACGGGCGCCAUAGUGGGCAUUGCUGUGGGCUGCUUUGCGGGCUUCACCCUGCUGGCUGCUCUGGUCGCUUGGCUGCUGUGGCCCCGCGGACAAAAGAAGUGGGAGGGGCUGGAUGUGUGUGAGCAGUUCUCAAUACAUCAAAUGGCGAAGGCCACAAACAACUGGUCGGACGACAAUGUGCUGGGCAAGGGUGGCUUUGGCAUUGUCUACAAAGGCCACUCGCCUCAGGGCCAGCUGUGGGCUAUCAAGCGCUCCACAGUCAUGACCAACGACUUUGAAACAGAGGUGCGAGCAAUGGCUUCUCUCCACCACUCCCAUCUUGUUCGCCUGCUGGGCUUCUGCCUGGACCAAAACGUGGAGACGGGCAAGCAGGAGCAGAUCCUUGUGUACGAGUUCGUGGGCAACAGGGACCUAGAGUACCACAUCCACUCGACCAAGACCAAGGUGGCUGACUUUGGGCUGCUCAAGCUCCUCACUCAUGGCGAUGCUGACACCACACGGGUGGCCGGCACUCCGGGCUACGUGGACCCGGAUUACAACCGCACCCACAUCAUCACUGCUAAGAGUGAUGUCUUCAGCUUUGGCAUCGUGCUUCUAGAGUUGCUCAGUGGAAAGUCACCUCGGGUUAUGAAACACUCGCAUAUUAGAGAUUGGGCAAGAAAGAGGGUUGAGGCGUUUGAGCUGAGCGAGCUCAAGGACCCCAAGAUGCAUGCGGUGAGUGAGGAGGCCAUAGUGGGCUUUACAGACCUGGCUCUCGACUGCAUGAAGUGCCCAGGCACGCUGAGGCCGAGCAUGACAGACGUGGCAUACCGCCUCACUGCCCUCAUUGAGAAGCACUGCCCCGACAAGGAGGAGUGGGAGAUUAUUGAGAAAGAGGAGAGUGCAAGCAAUGGAGUGAUGUCCUCAAGGAAUGACUCUGAUUUGUCUUGGAACGGUGGGAGGGAUUCUCAGAUGUCUUCUGACUCACAUCCCAGUGCGAUCUCAUCCAUCAGCAUUGGCUCGAUGGCUGAUGGCGUUAGGAGCUGGCUGCAUCUGAAGCCCACCAGAGGGUACUAA